UCCGGGAAUUGUAGUUCUGAGCGUGCGUUGAGCAAGUGGCGGAGCUACGGGGGCUGCAGGGAAAUAUAGUCUACAGCCCCAGGCAUGAACGCGCCGUGGCGGAUGAUGACUCGAAGACGGAGCCAAGCUGCUGGGAUCGCGUCGCAGGGGUGUGGGGAGGAGCUCGCGCCGCCUCCGGGCCCCGAGGCGGCUGCAGGUAGCGCGGAGCCUGAAGGAAGGAAAAGCCACAGGCCUGUGAAACAUCCACGGAAGGCACCAAAACUACGUGUGGCCUAUGAGGUUUCUAAUGAUGCAAAAGAUAAGGGAGCUGAGCGCCUCAAGGUGCCAAUCUGGGAACCACAGAACUGGCAGCAGCAGCUGGCCAACAUCCGCACCAUGAGGAGCAGGAAGGAUGCACCUGUGGACCUGCUAGGAGCUGAGCACUGCUAUGACGCUAGCGCCCCCCCAAAGCAGGUGCAGAGAUACCAGGUGCUCUUGUCGCUGAUGCUUUCCAGCCAGACCAAAGACCAGGUGACAGCAAGUGCCAUGCAGCGGCUUCGGGCACGGGGCUUGACAGUGGACAGCAUCUUACAGACAGAUGAUGACACUUUGGGCAGGCUUAUCUAUCCCGUGGGCUUCUGGAAGACGAAGGUAAAGUUCAUCAAGCAGACCACUGCCAUCCUGCAGCAGCACUAUGAAGGGGACAUCCCUGCCUCCGUGGCAGAGCUGCUGGCUCUGCCAGGUGUUGGACCCAAGAUGGCACACUUAGCUAUGGCUGUGGCCUGGGGCACCGUAUCAGGCAUAGCAGUGGAUACACACGUGCACAGAAUUGCCAACCGACUGAGGUGGACAAAGAAGGUGACCAAGUCCCCGGAGGAGACCCGCACAGCCCUGGAGGAAUGGCUACCCAGGGAGCUGUGGAAUGAGAUCAAUGGGCUGCUGGUGGGUUUUGGCCAACAGAUCUGCCUUCCUGUUCACCCUAGCUGCCAGACCUGCCUCAACCAGACCCUGUGCCCCGCUGCUCAAGCCCUCUAAGGAAUUAUGUGGCUUUAGCCUGGGCACUGCUCUGGCCAGUGUCUCUGAAGUGUCUUUGUGGGGAGGGGUAAUACUUGGGGGUUGUUUCCAAGUUGUGUAAUAAAGCUGAGGGUUGUUUGCA